UCUCUCUCUUAUAUAUAUAUUUACAGCAUUAUCCAGAUGUUUGAUUAAUCUUCCAUUGACAGAAUCAAGUUUGUGAAUCCUCGUCUCCUAUAACGCGCAACAUCAGAGGUCAUAUUUUGUCAGCUAAUCUCUCCGGCGACAACUCUCCGGCGACAACUCUCCGAACUAAACCAAGGAACUUCGAGACAAACCCAAGUCCACAUUUUUGAACGCCGUUCCCCAAGAAUAUGUCCGCCGUUUUAUCCUUCUUCAAGCGAAAGAAGUCCAACACCGAACAUGCCUCUUCGCUUCCAGAUCAUGAUUCAGCUGGGAGUAGUAGCAGCAACAUGUCUAGAGGACAUGUGCAAAAAAUUGAUUUAUCAAUUGAAGAGGUUUCUAGGGCAACCAACAAUUUCUCUGAUGGAAAUAAGAUUGGGGAAGGGGAAUUUGGAAAGGUGUAUAAAGGGAAGCUUAAAGAUGGAACUCCCGUUACAGUUAAGAGGGUUCCAAAGGACCUGUAUGAUUAUCAAUCUUCACACGAGUUUAGAAAUGAGAUCUUGAAGUUAUCAAAGAUUGAACACCACAAUCUGGUCAAGUUAUAUGGAUUUCUUGAACAAGGAAGUGAAAGAAUUAUUAUAUUUGAAUAUGUUGGCAAUGGGACACUUAGAGAGCAUUUGGAUGGUUUCCGUGGAGGUGGACUUGAAAUUGCUGAACGUUUGGAUAUCACAAUUGACAUAGCUCAUGCCUUGACAUAUCUGCAUUCUUAUUCAGAUCCUCCAGUUAUUCACAGAGAUGUAAACUCAUCAAACAUUCUCAUUACUGAGAAUCUUCGGGCUAGAGUGUCUGACUUUGGAUUUGCGAAAAUAGUAACCGAAGAUCUGGAUGCUACUCUCUCAACCCAAGUCAAAGGGUCAGCCGGCUACUUGGAUCCUGAAUAUGCCAAGGCACAUCAGCUUACUGAAAGGAGUGAUGUUUACUCUUUUGGCAUACUUCUUGUAGAAAUGAUGACCGGCAGGAAUCCAGUUGAACCAAAGAAGUCUCAUAAAGAGAGAGUAACGUCAAAAUGGGCAAUGCAAAAGCUUAGAGAUGGAGAAGUUGUGCUAGUUAUGGAUAUAAAGCUUAAAAGAACUCCUGCAUCAUUAAUGGUGGUGGAGCAGAUUCUCAAGCUUGCUCGAUAUUGCCUUGCGCCUCAAAGGCAAUCCAGACCGUCCAUGAAGAACUGUGUGGAGGCUCUAUGGAAGAUCCGGAAAGAGUUAACUGAGAAGCAUAUUUCUCUUACAGCUUCUGCUACUCAUCAUACUAUGGAUGUCAAUGCCAAUGUUAAAGAACAUCACCGUAAAAUGUUUGGGAUCGAAGAAAUUGAUAAACGAUUCCUUUCUGCUUGAAUAUGCUAAAAUUCUUUUUGUUUGAUUUGUUGGGUUGUCCACAAUUAUAGAUAAUUUCUUGGAUUGUAUGUAUAGAUGCAUAUUAUUAUACAAUUUAUGUAACUGUGUUUAUAUAUAUUUGACUAAAUAUUAAUCAUAUCUCUAUUGAGGUCUUAUAUUU